AUGUACUCGCCCGCGGCCGGCGCCGACUUCACACACGCGUCGGUGCGGGUGCGCGGCAUGAGCGCACGCAGCGAGGCCCUGUUCCGCUGCACCGGCCAGAACGGCUCGUUCAUCGGCAUUGCGCUCUCCGUGACGGCGCCACUGAGCGACUCGGUGGCCGACUGGCCCCUGUCGGCGCUCACCGACCAGCGCACGUCGGUGGGCCUCCUGCGGGCCAUUCCGCUCGCUAGCCACGGCUGGAUGGCCGGCAGCGUGCUGCGUGCGACCGAGAAGAACGGCACGGCCGGGCCUACGGUGGAGCUCUUCACGGUGGCGCCCGGCGAUCUGUUCGGGUCGGACGGCGGCGGCCUUCUCCUGGCCGACCGCGCGCUGAGCGUGUCGACACUCAAGGCCAACGCGACGGCGUUCUUUGCGGCCGUGCAGCGCCGGCUGGCGACGGACGUGACACCGAUCGACGCCCGGCUAGCGGACCUGUUCCCGAGCGAGUCUGCGGCGGUGUCGGCCGCGGUCGAGGCCUACGCCGCGCAGGCGCUGCAGCCGACCUGGCUCGGAUUCCUCGCAUACCACGCCCGGCGCCACCAGCACCAGCUCUUCGUGUCCGCCGACGGCCAGCUGGCCACUCUGUCGGUCGACUUCGGCCUCCCGCCCACGCAGCUCACCGCCGAUUCGGACAACACCACCACCGCGGCCACCAUCGUGGCCCAGGCCAACCGUGCGCUCGACGCGCUGGGCAGCGCCGUCAAGGCCAAGUACGGUGGCAUCACCAACUCCUACGUCGUGCCGACCGUGUCGUCGGACCUCUCCAACGCCAAGGCCAGCCUCACCGGCUUCUUCACCGCGGCCGUGACCAUCAACUGCUCAACGAGCGCGGUGGCCGUAGAGGUCGCGCCGCAGUACUCGGCCGUGGCCUCGCUCAAGGCCGACUUCGCGGGCGUGUCGAGCGCGCUCUUCACCGCGGCCGACAUCACCUACGACUUCUCCUCGGCCGCCGGCGCGGCGGCAACCAUCAGCGCCACGCCGGCGUCGGCCCUCCAGGGCGCCAUGGGCAGCACGGUGGGCCUCACGCUCGAGGGCCAGCUGGCCAUCGACGGCCCGUGGACCAACGUGUCGGCCCUCGGCCCGCAGCUCCAGACCAUCGCCAACGGCGUGGCCGAAGUGACCUGGGCGCGCGGCGUCGUGCGACCGUUCGUCGACGUCGACUUUGGUCGCAUGUCGGCAAGCACGCGCCUGGCCGACAUGAUCUCGGCCCUUGGGACCAACAUCACCGCCAACGUGGCCCCGGCCAUGCGCGGCUGGGCGCUGGCGCAGCGGAUGAAGGCCGACAUCGAGGCCCACGCCGCGGGCGACGCCACCGUCGUGGUGCACGCCCACGUGGUGCCGCUGGUCGGUGCAUCGCAAACGAUGGACGUGUCGCUGGUGGUGCAUAGCCAGCGGCGCGUGCAGCUGUCGAGCGCUGGCACGACCUGGGACUCGAUCGCCGACACGGCGCGCCUGGCGAUCCCGCUCGCGCUCACCACGCGGCUGCGGUUCAGCGUGAGCGCGUCGGCCGCAACGGGGGUCUCGUUCGGCGUGCGCGGCGGCGGUCGGCUCACCGGCAGCUGGGCGAUCCCCUUCACGUACCACAUGCUCUCGGGCGCGGUCACCAACGGCUCGGCCGCGAUCGACGUCAGCCUCCCGGGCGGCGGCGCCAAGCUGAGCCUCGGCCUCGACGUCGCCGCGUCGCAGCCAACGACUGUGAGGAAUGCGACGAAUUCAACGAAUUCCAAGAAUCAGGAGCCGCUGGCGCUGCGGGCCGAGAUCUCGGACGACGAUCUGGUGGACCAGCUGGUGCCCGCCGUGCUGGUGGUCACGCAGGCCGCCGAUGGCAGCGACGCGACGAUGGGCACGCGCACCAUCAGCCCGUCGCGCCUGGUGUCGGCCCUGGGCGAGGCCCUUCUGCCCGCCCUCACGCAGGCCUUCACCGGCGCGCUCAACAUCGCUGUGCCGCCGCUCAAGAAGCCGCUCGGCUCCAUCACCCAGUUCAACGAACUGGUCACGGCCGUCAAGCCGUGGCUCACCACCGCGGCCGACCCGACCCUCGGCGCCGCGCGGCUGGUCCAGUCCGCCACCUUCUGCACUGCCACCGGCGCGUCCACACCGCUCGCCUUCAACGUGAGCAUCAACGACUUCGACCCGGUGCGCUGCGAGGCCGCCGCGCCGCUGGCGCCGACCAGCCUCGACGCCCUGCGGGCCGACAUCGCCACGAUGCUGGCCGGGUGCGGCCUCGCGGGCUAUCUCGAGGCCCAGGUGAUCGACGUCGAGCGCGUGGUCACCCCCAACGAAAGCGACCGGCAGUGCGGCCACGUGGGCCUGUUCCCCGCCGUGCCGGGCAUCGUGUGGAACUUCGCCAUCGCCACCGAUCCGAUGCCGCCGACGGCCAACAUCACCUUCGGCACCUCGACCUACAUCUCCACGCCCAAGCCGGCCUUCGCGACGUGGACCGACCUGGCGCGCCUGCUGGCCGCGGUCCUGACCCACGACGAUGCCGACCCCGCCGACGCUGCACUGGUGGCGGUGCCCGAGUGGACCACGGCCGAGGCCGGCGUGGUGGUGCCGCCCGAGCUGGCCGCCUACUACCCGCCGCGGCUGCCCGCCGUGGCUAUCCGCGUCGAGGCCCAGCACACUGCGGUCGACCACCAGUUCGAGCUCGACGCCCAGAUGAGCACCGCCGACGGCGUGCUCCAGCUCCAGUCGCACACCGACGUGGGCACCGGCACCGUGCGCUCGUCCCUGUCGGCCGCCUUGGUGACCGUGUUCGGCGCGCCGCCGCUGGGCGGCCGCGGCAACAUCAGCCUCAGCACCAACUACGACGGCGUCAACACGACGGCCAACGCCACGCUCGUGCCCGCCGCGCCCGACAACACGUUCGCGCUCAUCAUGGGUGCCCAGAUCCUCUCGACGUCGGCCCCGCCGGCCAACGUCGGCGCGCGCCAGCUCAUCACCCUGCUGCCCGGCAAGCUGCUGAGCGCGGCCCUGAUCGACGACGUCGUGCCCCAGAUCGACCCGGCCCUGCGGCCCAUGUUGGCCGUGUACGAGAUGCCCAGCGACGGGCUAAUCUACCCCGUGACACAGAUCCGCUUCGACCUGGGACCCCACCAGCUGGCCGACGGGCGGUGGGCGGUGCCGACGGCGUUCGGCCUCGAGGCCACGUCGCAGCUGCCGGCCCUGACCAACGCCUCCAACGUGCCCUCGCAGUCGGUGGUGCUGGCGCGCGACGUGGCCAUGCGCCUCGCGACGCGGGUCGAGACCGUGGGCGCGCUGCUCGACGGCGAAGGCCGCAGCAACCGGCGCGCGGCGCCCACGGCCGAGGGCCGCAUCGCCAUUCUCGGGUUCACGUCGGGCCAGCACGCGGCGCUGAGCCAGGUCGAGGUCGAGGUCAAGGGCGUGGGGCGCUACCAGACCAUGGCCGAGCUGUACCCGCCGCGCGAGACCUUCUUCGACCAGUUCGCGGUGGGCGUGGCCCUCAACAACUCGGCCGCGGUGGGCGGCCUGCAGAUGACCGACCUCCAGCGCGUCGACACGGACCUGCCCGACGUGCGAUUCGCCCAGGAGGGCCGCUGGGCCGUCGACAGCCUCGAUGCGCUCAAGGCCCUGACCACGCAGGCGCUCACCAGCUGGACAGCCGAGUUCAACGGCACCGCGCAGGCUGUCGACACAUUCCGCAGCCUGUUGCAUACCAACGACUCGAUCUGCACGUGGAUGGGCCUGGCCUCCAACGUGUCGCAGGCCAUCGUCACGGCCAAGGCCGCCGGCGUGCGGCUGCCCUUCAGCCAGCACGGCUUCGGGUCGCUCCUGUCCGACAGCCUCGCCUCGUCGCUCGCCGAGCUCCACACCAGCGUGUGCGUCAACCACGAGCCCUUCUCGCUGGGCACCUACUGCCGCGUGGCCCGCGGCGCCUUCGGCGGCACCACGACGGCCUGCGCCAACGCGACCCUGUCCGAAGCGGGCCUCACGGUCGACCUGGUCGUGGUGCCCUUCAACCGCUCCUACGUCGACCAGCUGCGGUUCGACACCAGCUCGCUCUUCAACAACGCGCAGGUGCCGGUGGGCCUCGGCGCCAGCGGCGACCUGUCCCUGCUGGGCGAGUUCGACUUCCGCAUGCGGCUGCUGGCCCGCUUCGGCGGCGAUGAAGGCGGGGUGUCGUUCGGGCUCGACCCGGCCGGGACCUACUUCUCGGCGCGGGCCGGGUUCGACGUGCAGGGCACGCUGCGGUUCUACUUCGGCCCGGUCUCGCUCAACCUGCUCACGGCCCACGCCUGGCUGGGCGACCCCGCCACCCUCAUCGUCCGCCUCCUGCCCACGUCAGCCGCUGACGUCACCGCGCUCGAGUUUGUUUCCGCCGAAAAGUCGUUGUCGUCGACAGAGCUUGUGACGGUCGACACUUGGUCGAGCCCCGAGGCCGGGGCCUUGAUCGACACGCAGGGCCGGCUCGAGAUCUCGGGCAAUGCGGGCUUCACGGCCGUGGUGGGCUUCAGCACCAGCGUGCAGUGCUCGAUCGACGUCGGCGUGCCCGACCUGGGGGCCUUCCUCGCCGGCGGCCAGCGCCCCAGCGUGUCGCAGCGCGGCUGCGGCCAGGGCUUCGCGCAGGAGCUGCUCAAGGCCCUCCUCAAGCAGUCCCUGCUGGACUACUUCUCGUCGCGCUUCCUGGCCCAGUGGGAGUCGGGCUUCGCCCAGUUCCUGGGCCGCCUGUUCGGCCACACCGGGCCGCUGCGGGCCGGCGGCCCCGUGGUGCCGCUGAUCGACAAACUGGUCACGGCGCUGAUGACCGACAGCGUCGGGCGGAUGAACGGCGCCGACGCCAUGAACCGGCUCACGACGGCCAUCAACGGCAUCACGACGUCGCUGCUGCAGCGCAACACGACGGCCGACAUGCAGAAGCUGGACCAGCUGGUGCUCACGCUCAUCACCAAGGCCCUGUGCCGCGAGCUGGCGCCGGUGCUGGCCGAGUGCCCGGCCGUGCCCGACGUCACGUCCCCCGAGUACGUGUGGCCGCUCCACUUCCGCGGCACCAACUCGCGGCCCCUCGCCCGGCUCGGGUUCAGCCUGGGCGGCCACGGCUUCGCGGCGCUCGACCUCAAGUGCGCCGGCGCGGUGGUCAUGGAGUGGGACCUGCAGUUCGUCAUGGCCUUCAACCGCACCCACGGCCUCGACUUCCGCUUCGACCAGUCGCCCGAGGUCUUCACGGGUGACAUCGCGCUCGAGGUGGUGGGCGGCUGCGGCCUGUCGGGCACCAUCGGCUGGAUCGGGGCCGACCUCUCGAUCGACCAGCCCAAGCUGCUCGAGGGCCGGCUCACCGUCGACCCCCGCUUCCAGGUGGACCUCGCCGUGCGGGCGCAGAUCUACGGCAAGGCCGAGCUGGGCCUGGGCGGCAAGCUGGCCGAGCGGUUGGCCCACGCGCCCGACGCGCUCGACGCCCUGCCCCACUGGCAGGCCGCGCUCAACCUCACCUGGGGCUGGGACCUGCGCGCGCCCAACCAGGCGCUGGUGCCCAAGUUCGCGCUGACCGACAUCCGCUUCUGCGUGGGCCGCCUCCUGUCGCACGUCGUGUCGUCAACGGUGUCGCAGACCGUCGACCGGCUCCUGCGCCCUCUCGAGCCCGUGCUCGGCCCCAACGGCCUGCUCCUGCGCCCGAUCCCGGGCCUCUCCGACGUGUUCGGCCACGACCUCAACAUGAUCCAGCUCCUCAUCUACGCGUGCCGGGUCAACGGCGAGUGCCAGCUCAACGGCGUCGUCGACGCCCUGCGCACCUUUGUCGACAUCUACCACAAGCUCGACACCGUGCGCCAGAUCGCGGCCGCGCUCGAGGGCGACGGGUGCAACGUCGUCCAGCUGGUGCGCGACUUCGUCGUCGACUUCAACACGCCGGUGCCGAUCCCCAUCUACGACGGCGCCAUCCCGCCCGGCGGCCUCCAGUUCAACGGCACCGCCGACGCCAACCCGCAGCUCAAGCACACCGUGUCGGCCUUCUACGCCGGCGUCGUCACCUCGGGCCACUUCGGCGUGCGGCUCUACAUGUUCGACAACAUCGGCCAGAACCUGGUGAGCGCCAUGCUCGGCCAGGACUUCCCGCUGGCCGGCGUCACGCUGCCCGACGUCACCUUCUUCGUGUCCAAGGAGUGGUGGAUCCCCGUGUGGGUCUUCCCGCGCGUCGAUCUGGUGCUGGGCGUCAACGCGCGGUUCACGCUGAGCUUCGGCGGCGUGGCCCUCAUGUACUCGGGCCUGGCCGACGCCUACAAGACCGGCUCGCCGGGCGCCCUCUUCGGCGCCCUGGCCCUGCCCACCCGCAACGACGACGGCUCCGAGCGGUGGCCCGUCCAGGCCGCCAUCGGCUUCAAGGGCGGCGUCGGCGUCAGCAUCUUCAUCUUCCGCGGCGAGGUCUACCUCACCAUCACGCUCGAGGGCGACGCCGCCUUUGUCGACAUCGACAGCGACGGCUGGGUCACCUUCAACGAGAUCGCCUACCUGGUGCGCCUCAACGGCAUCAAGGGCGCCGUGCGCCUGCGCCUCGUCCUGCGCGCCGGGUUCGGCAUCAAGAUCCAGGCCUGCAUCCGGCUGCUGUGGAAGCGCAAGUGCUGGACCCUCUUCAACAAGCACUGGGACCGGUCGUGGCCGCUCUACGACAACUCGCGCCGCCUCUUCGACUCCAUCGCCGCCGCCUCGGGCUCGCAGUCCUCCGUCAACCUCGGCAUGGUCGCCUUCAACCCGCAGACCGGCCACUCUGCUCUCGGCUACGAUGAUGAUGAUGAUGGUGAUGGCUACUACAACGGCCACGGCGUCAUCGUCAACGAUGAUGAUGACGGCACGAUGAUGAUGAACACAACGAUGAUGACGAUGAUGAAGCCGAUGGCGGAGAUGCGUGCGGCGGACCAGACGGACCUGACGUACUCGAUCUACCAGACGCCGGCGGGACUGACGGUGGACUUUGCGCCGAUGGGCAUCGGGGUGGGCUCAGGCGCGCCGCACCUGUCGCGCGCGGGCCUCCCCUCGGGCCAGGCCAUCGCGGCCUACGGCAACCCGGGCGCCACGCCCUUCACCUGGGCCGUCGGCUACGUGGCCCAGACUGUCGCCAUGCCGGCCUAUGCCACCGCCACCCUGCGCUUCCUCGUCUCCGAGUACCCCGGCGUGAGCGCGAUGACCGUGUCGCCGCAGGUGGUGUCGCCCGACACGGCGCCCGGCGUGACGGUGUCGACCUGCGCGCUGCUCCACGUCGCGCAGCCCACGACGGGCGUGGCCUACGGCGUGUGGGGCGUGCCCUGCGCGACGCUGCUCGAGUCGAUGGUGACCAACAACGUGUCGCUCGCGGGCGCCGCGGCGGCCUACCCGCACCCGCUCACCCUGUCGGGCGAGGCCUGGGCCGUGUCGAGCACCAUCACCGCCACGCAGCUCACGAUCGCGUCGGGCUCGCUCUCGGCCAUCGACGGCCCCAGCGCGGCCCAGGUGACGCUGCCGGCGGCCUACCAGGUCCUCACCGUAUCGGGCGACCUCCAGCGGCCCGCCACCUACACGCUGGCCGACGUGCGGGCGGGCGUGACCGCGAGCGUGACGGGCGGCGUGGCCGACGAUCUGUUCGUGGUCCAGGGCAUGCACCUCCUGCACGGCAGCACGACGAUCGCGGGCGGCGCGGGCGUCGACGCGAGCGAGGUGACGAUUGUGACCGACGCCGGCGUGGAGCUCGACGUGACGGUGACGCCCGCGUGGCUCGUGGUCGAGAACGCGCUGGGCGUGGCCAACACGCUGCGGCACAGCAGCGUCGAGCGGCGCACGUACCUGGUCCACGGCGCGCCCAACACGCGGUCGCGGGUGACCCUGUUGGCGCCGGAGCGCGACGACUCGGUCGUGAUCGUGGCCCACGGCGCGCCCGGCAGCACCAUCGCUCAGCAGAUCACCGGCUGCGACGGCAAGUCCGAGGUGCGGUACUCGUUCCGCGACGGCGGGGACCACGAGCUGCGCAUCGGCAACAACCAGCGGGUGACCGACAUGCGCUGCACUGUGUGGCUCGACGCCAUUCCGCCCGGCGGCGCCGGCGGCCAGACGGUGAGCGUGAUUAUCGAGGCGUCGGCCGAGACGCGGCCGCUCCAGUACGACGUGCAGGAGAACGCCAUCUUGAUCUACGACGUGGAGGGCGACGGCAGCUUCUUCCACCUCAUGUUCGACCAGAUCCAGCGGGUCCAGAUCCAGUUCGGCGUAGGCGGCACGGUGCUGCGCAUGGCCGAGGGCACCACCGGCACCGAGUUCUUCUUCGACUUUGUCGACACCAACGCGACGACGGUGAACGAGGCCCGCAUCGCGGCGACCAACAGCCCGGUGCUGCUGGCCGGCCACCUGACCACGGUCGACGUCGGCCCGGCCCAGACCGCGAUCGUGAGCGUCGACCCGCUGCAGGACAUCCUCGCGCCCGUCGCGAUCGCCCAGCCGCCCGCACAGCUCCCAUCUGCGCUCGUGCGGCUGGCCUCGGGCACCGGCCCGCGCGCGCCGGCCCAGCACUACUACCUCGACAGCGCGUGCCUCGCCGCGCGCGACCGCAGCUCGUCGUCGGGUGCGCCGUCGCCGGUGCAUGUGGGGACCAAGCCGUCGGCCUGGCUCUGCGGGCUGAUGACCCAGCACGGCCUGCCCUCCGCGGCCUGCGCCGACCCGUGCCCGGUGAUCUACACGGGGCCGAUCAACGUCACCAUCGCCACGGGCUGGGCCGACGACUCGUUCUACGCCGCCGACGUGGUGGCGGCCAGCGUGGCGGUGAGCCUCGGGCCGGGCGCGGACAACGUCACCUGGCUCGCGGUGCCGGCCAGCGCUGGCGUCGGUCGGGUCACGGCGCGGUUCGAUCUGGGCCACGGCUCAGAUCAGCUGCUGCUGGCCUCGCCCGUGCGCAACGUGACCGUGCUCCUGGGCGAUGACACCGACGUAGACCAGGUGGCCUUCUACAGCGGCGGGCUGCCGGUGCCGCCCAGCAUCAACGGCAACGUCGUGGCGCCGGUCGGCCCCGACGGCGCGGCGCUCACCCUCGAGCAGGUCCACCUUCAGGACCUGCUGUUCGUCUACGGCGGCAAUCCCGCCGGGCCGCUCGGUGACGGCGUUGCUGUCGACAGCAAUGUCACGUCAUCAUUGCCAGGCGGCCACCGCGUGGGCGACGAUCGGCCGGUGGUGACGAUCAAUGUGACGGUGCCGGGCCAGGUGGUCAGCAUGGACGCCCAGUCGGGCAUCAUCUACCACGUCGUCGGGUCGGCCCAGUCGGCCACCGUCAGCCUCAACGGCAAGGGCCGCCCGCAGCCGCCGUUCCCCGUCGCCGUCGACUGGGACCUGCUCGUUGACGUGCCGCCGUCCGUCGGGCUCUCGGUCACUAUGCUCGCCGAGAGCGGCUCGCGGUCCAAGGCCACUAUCGACAUCGCCGACCAGUCGCCGGGGCCGUCGGUCCAGUCUGUCGACAUCCGCUCGAUCGACCCGCCCGGCCUGUGCAGCACCGUGGUGGGCCUGCUCGAGGUGCGCACCAACCACGUCGACCAUCUCAAGAUCGACGCCCGGCGCCCCAUCGCCGCCCGCGUGGCCGGCACCGCCUUCGCCGACCUGGUCAUCGUCACCCCCGAUACGCCCGCAGCCGGCUCGUCCGCGUCGUCGGUCUAUCUGGCCAGCGUGGAGAACACUACGCUGGUGGUCAACGCCACUGUCACCGUCGCCGCUCCAGCGCUGCUGGCCACUCGCGCCAUCGUCGCCACGGGCCAACGCGCGCAACUGACCUUCGACGGCUACGCCUUCGGCAGCGGCGGCGCGUCGUUCGUCGACGGCUGCCUGCUGGGCGCCGGGCUCGCCGCGCCGUCUACGCCCUUCUCGCCGUGGUUCGCUGGCGAGGCCGCCGCGGCGCUGGGUAGCGCCACCGCAGUGGCGGCGGCCCAGGCAUGCUCGUUCUAUGGGCUUCGGUUGGCGAGUGUCAACCUGACCACGCCCGCGCUAAGCCUGGGCGGCCUCGGAGCCGAUCGCGCGGUGCGGCGGGUCAACCUGCUCCAGGUCCCGGCGGCCGUAACGCUCGACGACGACCUCCAGCCCUGGGUGCGCACCACGAUCGGGGCCGCCGCGCUGGCCGUCGACGACCGCUUCCUGCUCGACCUGACCGCGGCGGGCGGCAUCGUCACCGUCGCGCCGCCUGUCUUCGGCCCGGCCAACACGAGCGCGCUCGACUUGUUCGUCAGCGAAAACGCCGAGGCGCCCUACUGCCGCUGGCUGCUCGGCGUGCCGGACAACGCCACGAUCAAUGGCACCGCGGCGUCGGGGGCCACGCUGCUGAUGCAGGACGCCAGGCAGCGGGUGUCGCUCUACGGCUCGGCGCUGGUGUCGCCGCGCCACAUGCCCCGCGUGCGGCUCCACGGCCCGCUCGCCGUCGCCGCGCUCCUGCACAACGCGACCAACGGCACCGCGCGCGACGUAGUGCUCAACCCGGCCUCGCUCUCGGUCGUCGAGGCGCUCGUGCCCAUCGUGCCGCCGCCUCCGCCCCACGGCAACGACACCACCAACGGCACCGCGCCGUUCGUCUCGGCUCUGUCGCGCAGGGAGUUUGGCGAUGACGUCAGCAGCGAGCUUAACCAGCAGCCGCUGUUGCACGUGGAGUGGAUCAUCGCAUCGUGGCAAGAGCAGGGCUACCUGCGCGUGGAGCUCGCCGACGGCAUCAACAGCGUCGUAUUCAACCACACCAGCGCUUCGGCAGCGGCGGCGGCGGCGACCUUCCAGAUGCCCACGCUCGUCGUGCGCGAGGCGGCCGCGGCCACGCUCGUCCCGCCUCAGCUCGGUCCGUCGCGCACGCCGUCGGUCAACCUGCUCCGCACGCGCGAGAUCAAGGCCGACCUCUCGACCCAGUUCCUCGAAGCGCUGCCGGCCGACGUCGGCGACGAUGAGGGCUACUGCCUGCAGCCGACGGAGCAGACCGACCGCAACUCGUGGCUGUGGCUCACCGUGCGGCAGGCGCCCUGGCUCGAGCCCUACCUCGCGUGCCGGCCCGACGCCGAGCUUGAGCGCUGCCGGCGCGACCACUUCGUGUCGCUCGACCUCGACCACCAGCACCACCGCCUCCGCGCCGUGCUCCACCUGACGCCAUUGAAGAACGUCGUCCCUGUCAGCAGCAACCACUCCGCCAACCACUCCACCGCCGCCGAUGCCGGGGAAGACGUGCCCUUCGUGCUGUUCGUCACCGCCGCCGGCGCCGACGCGGUCCACCACCCGAUGGCCGUGGGCGCGCCCACCGAAUGGGACUACGGCCUGAGCGUGCUGGUGCUCUUCGGCGGCAUGAUGGCCAUCGGCUUUGGCUGGUGGGUCAUCACCGGCAGCGUCAUCCCGGCGGCCUGGGGGCCGUUCGUGAUCACCGCAGCGCUGGCGGGCCUCGUCGAGUCCGACACGACGUGGGACCCGCGCGUGGUGUCGAUCGUCGAAGCGGCCUACUGGAUGGUGAGCUCGUUCGUGUCGGGCUGCCACCUGCUCGGCGUGUUCCACAUCUGCGUGCUGGCCGUCUUCCUGGGCCUCGGCGCGCUGGGCCUCGGCGCCCUCUUCCUCCGGGACUCGUGGUCGCGCCUGCUGGUGCCGGUGGUCCGCCGCGCGGUGACGGCUCUGGCCGCCGUCGCCAUCCCCUUCGUCAUCGCCCAGGCGCCGGCCCGCGCCGGCCAGUCGGUGGGCUGGAGCGUGUUCACCGGCGGCCUCGGCCUAUGCGGCCUGUUCGUGGUCGCGUCGCUGCUCUUCCACACCUUCGCCGCCAUCCGCAGCCGCAGCCGCCGCGUACCGGCCGCCGCGCCCGCGCUGCUCCUGGCCGCGGUGGUGGUCGGCAUGUCGAUCCUCACGCGGCUGCGCUACGACGACGACGAGGUGACGCACAAAAUCAUCUUCAUUGCCGCGAUCGUCGCCGUGGCCGUCGACGGCGUGGCGAGCCUGUGCGGCAUGCUGGUGCUGACGUCGCUGGUCAAGGGCUGGUGGCGCGUGAGCCCGGGCCUCAUCUCCGGCGUCACGACGCUCGCCAGCGCCGGCUGCGGCUUCGCCUUCCUCUUCACCCUCAACCACAGCGCGGGCCUGCUGCCGCUCAUCAUGUGGUACGUGUGGGCGCUCCUGCCGACCGUGGCCGCCGUCUUCGUGCUGGUCCUGCCGUGCCCGGUGAUCACGAAGUCGACGAACAAGAAGGGUACCACGGAGGAGCUGGGCCUGUCGGUGGCCGAGAACGAGAGGCCGCUGCUGCAGGGCGAAGAGUUCGGGCGGCGCGAGAACACCGGGUCGUACGUGCCGCCGCCCUUUGGCUCCAUCAAUGGUGGCUACGAGGGCGUCACCGGCGACGUGGACACCGACGUCGCGCGCCUGUAG